AUGGAGCAUCAGUUGGCCUUGGCCGAGCGGGACGUGGAUCUGACUGAGGACCUGACUGAGGACCUGACUGAGGACCUGACUGAGGACCUGACUGAGGACCUGACUGAGGACUUGACUGAGGACCUGGCUGGGCUGCCAUUUACCGGCGCCUGCAUCGAGCGCUCGGAACAGGGAACGAACUCGAUUGAAUCGAGGGCCUGGCGGUACCCCGCACCCCUCCCGGCUGUGAACCCCCACCGAACCGUGGUGCGGCCGGCAUACCCCCGGCUCCAGCCUAUAGUUUGA